ACGGCGCUUGAGCCUGCAGUUCCGAAUCAACGAGCCGCGACAAUGAUCGAUGAUCCAUGCGAUGACUAUGACAAAGAAAAAAGAAAGAAAAAGUGAAAAAGAUGAUCAUCUCAUCACGCGGUGAAAGUAUCCGAUUCGGAUACGAAUUAAAGUGGGGAAGAGAGGGAAUUAAAGUGGGGAGGAAAGAAAGUCACCCCGACAAGGUAACGGUAGACGACAUGUUGGCACCUUGGCAUUGAGCGAACUUGAGUUUAUCGCCAGUUCACGGUCGUUCGUCCACGCUUACAGUUCCCACAGGACCAUGCGUACGAUUCUUCUUCUCACAUUCUUAGCAAACACUAAGCUGAUGAGUAAUGCAGAAGAGAUCUGGCAGCAAGAUCUGUCUAAAGACAUGCAGAUAGGUGCAUCCACCGAUGGCUACGAUCGCGUGGGGUUGCGAUGCGGCGCUGAAAGAAUGACUGUCGAACUUAAAACUACAGAGGACUUCUCAGGGGUAAUCUACACGCAGGGUAACUUUUAUUCUCGAGAACCGUCCUGUUUCCUUGAUCCAGUUCGCGGUAGAAGCUUCACCAUGAGCAUCCCUUUGAAUAAAUGUGACACUGAAAAGAAUGGUGACAAAUACAGCAACAUCGUAGUGAUUCAGCACGACGACGAGCUAUUAACACCAGGUGACGCCGCUUUUACGUUAGAAUGUGACUUCUCGAGACCGCGUGAUCUUACGGUAUCGGCGGAUCUUAAUGGGAGUAAGAAGAGAUCGACUAAAUCGAGUAUAGCUCUCAUUGAUGCCGAUCCGGGAAGUGACAGAAGAAAGAGGUCGGCGUACGUGGAAAGCUAUGAGGACGAGAAUGAGAAGAAAGUCAGAGGUGCCGUUUUAUUAUAAAUCUUACACCGAUCGACGAACAUUCUCGAUUAAUGAAAACACGAUGCAUUCUACGUGAAUUUGUUAUUGUUGCUUGUUAUUUAAUUUACAUUGUUUAAAUAAAUUAUGUAAUUCGUUCGAGCGGAUUUCUCAUUGCUAUGUGAUACAUCUUAAUUUAAUCUGCAGCGGCAGAAUGUAUACAUCUUACGCGCGACAUUUUUUGCAAUCUAUUUUUAUUCCAAAGAUACAUAUAUAAUGCGAUAAUUUCGUCGAUAAUCCCUUGUCCCUUCUAUGAUAUUGCAUAAUAGAAAUUUUCAAGUUUUGACAUAUUAACUAUGCAGUAAACAAU